AUGAUUAAUGGAUUGCCAUAAGUUGAAGAAAUGAAAAAGAUAAAGUCACAAUAAUUGGGAACUAUCUCAAAAAAUCGCAAUAACUCAGCAGAUUUAAGAACAUUUGCUUAAAAUAAAAAGAUUAAUUUGCAAAUAAUGUCAGAUGCCAAAUAGGCAUAAGUUAAGACUUAAGAUUUACCCAAAAAAAAGGAUCAAGGACAUUAAUUUAUGUUCAUGGCCAAGAUAUAAAUACGAAAUACAGAUAUGUGUGCUUUAAUAAAUAUCGUUAACCUUGCUUUUAGUAAUACGUCAGCAUUAGAAUAAAAUUUGCAUUAUUUCUAUCUUUUCUUAGAAAACUCCAACAGCUUCAAAAGAAUGCCCAUAAAAUGA